GCGAACGCGCUUUAGGAUGAAAGCUGUGACGCGUCUGUCUCUGCUGCUCAGCUGCUGGACCCUGGUUCACCUGCAUCCCGGCCCCACGGCGCGUGUCCGCGCAGGUCCGCCGGUAAUCAGAGGAGAGGCGACCAGGGCGACCAGCUCAGAGCGCACGGAUCCCGUGCGCUCCCGGCUCCUCGGCGGGGAUGCGCACGAUAAGGCGCACGCUCCCGCUGCCAUUAACGCACAUGCACGAGCGGGUGGAGGAGGUGGAGGUUCAUCGGGGAGAAGUUUGGGAAAAGUUGCGGCCGCGGCUGCGCGCACCGCGUCCCCGCAGAGAGCCCAUAGCGCGCCGGCUCCGGCAUCGCAGCGGGGGGCCGCGAGCCACAAACAGCCGCUCGUGACGCCGCACGACUACAUGCUCGCGCUGUACUGGUCUCUCUCCAGCGGUGACGUCAACGGCAGCGCGCUGCACGAGGCCGGCCUGGCCAACACCAUCACGAGCUUCGUGGAUAAAGGGCAAGAUGAACGUGGGCCCCAGCUGCGACGGCAGAGGUAUCUUUUCAACAUCAGCUCUCUGGAACGGGAUGGGCUCCUGGGGGCCGAGCUACACAUCCUGAGGAAGCGCCUGCCUGACCCUCGCAGAGUCUUGAUAGGCUACAGAGGAGGAGAAGGAGGAGGAGUCCCGUCACCGCUCCUAAGGCUGCACACCUGCGCUUCAGGCAAACAAAAGGCCGUUCUUGUCCAGAUGAAGGCCGUAGAGGAUCUGUUCAGCAGCACAUGGGAAGUGUUUGACGUUUGGAAGGUGUUCAGGGGCUUCAAAACCCAGAAAGGCCAGCAUUCCCAGGAGCUGUGCUUUGAACUGGAAGCGCUGGAGCACGGAGGCGGUCGCCCCAUGGACCUUCGCGCUCUGGGAUUCGCUCGACACGGCAGGACCAACAAGGAAAAAGCGUUCUUCUUGGCAUUUGGGAAAAGCAAGAAGCGUGACCUUUUUUACAAAGAGAUCAAAGCGCGGUCCGGCCACGACAACAAAACAGUCUACGAGUACCUGUUCACCCAGCGACGGAUGAGACGGGCACCUGCUGCGAGGGGAGUCAAAAAACCCGUGCAGCAGUCCCUGCCACAGUCCAUAUCCCAGCACCAGACAGUGAAGGCCAGGCUGCGCUGCCACCGGAGACGGCUCCACGUCAACUUCAAGGAGAUGGGCUGGGACGACUGGAUCAUCGCGCCGCUGGAGUACGACGCCUAUCACUGCGACGGCGCCUGCGAUUUUCCCAUCCGCUCACACCUGGAGCCGACCAACCACGCUAUCAUACAAACCCUGAUUAACUCCAUGGACCCGGAGUCAACGCCGCCCACUUGCUGCGUCCCGACACGGCUCAGCCCGAUCAGCAUCCUCUACAUCGACUCGGCCAAUAACGUCGUCUACAAGCAAUACGAGGACAUGGUGGUGGAGUCGUGCGGGUGCAGGUAGCAGACACAGCAAAGACUUUUCAAUAUUAUAUUCAGAGCUAAAACUGGAGUUGGGAUUUCAGGCUCACUGCUAUGCAACGCACAUUACUCCUCACACUCAAGUGGGCUUACAAGAAUGCAUACCAGAGACUAUUUAAGACUAAACAGAUGAAGAUAAACUCACGGAGGUGAUGCUCUGAAACGCCCACUCACUGUGUAAUGUUGAUGUUGGUAGUGAUGAGCAAUACGCAUCCAAUACAAUCCAAAUAAUGGAAACACGACCCGAUGAAGAAAGACUCGUUUGGACUGUUUCGUACGGACUUUUUCCUUCUUCUUAGAUUUGUAUCAAGUUGCUGAUUGUUGUAAAGAGUUUAAAAUGCUUUGGAAAAAUGAAGUGUUAUACUUAAAAAUGCUCUUUUCCAGCACUUAUCUGAUGAAGUCAUUUGUAUGCCUUAUCCAAGACCUUUUUGUAAAGCAUGUCAAGAAUUUCUGAUGUAUAAAUACGAGCCAGGGAUGAAGUGCUCAUCUGACCUGCUCCAAAUUUGGGAAAGCUGCAUAAACUUGUGUUCAAUAAAAAAAUGUCUAAUUGA